AUGGACGGUGUUUCCGUCGCCAGCGGGGUGGCUGGUCUCAUAACCCUGGCCUUGCAAGUCAGUGGCACCAUAGCAAUAUAUGUCAACUCCAUCAAGGAGCGAUCAAAGAACAUCCAGGAGCUACAUGAUGAAUUGCUGUUGCUGGGCGAAGUCCUGAGCGGAUUACGCGAUUUCCUUGACAGUGAAAAGGCUAGAGGACGCUCUUUCGAUUCCAACUCGGUGUUGCAGAAAGCCCUCAGGGACUGUCGAGAUCGCAUAGAGCGCAUUGGCGACAGGCUAAAGCCUUCAGAUGGUGGAAAAGCGGCCAGGGCCCUGGACAAGCUAAGAUGGCCAUUCGAACAAAGAGAAGUCAUGCAGAUGGUCGAAAAUCUACGACGCUACGGUCAGACCUUCCAGUUCGCCUUCACGAUCGAGGGCUGCGCUCUGUUGUCCCAGACAUCCGAUGAUGCCACAAAGGGCUUGCAGGAAAUGCUUCAAGUAUCGAGGAAAAUCAGUGAAUUAUCCGCCCAGAUGGGUCUUUCCACCGAAGAGUCGUCGAAGCGUACCGCCCAGCUCGAGCAAAUUAUGGCCCUGGUGCCAAUGCUUGCAAGAACGGCUGCUGAUGUCAGUGAACUGUCUCAAGCUUCUCGACUCGCCGAGCUCCGCGAGCAAGAAAGGCGGACCACCGAUAUUCUGGAUUGGCUGGCCCCCGUUUCCUCCCUGCACAAACAUCGCGAUUUGCAGCUCAGGCGGGCGGAAGGAACGGGGCGGUGGUUUCUUGAACAUCGAGACUUCUUAGCGUGGGCUGAGGAUGAGACUGGUGAACAUGACCUUCUCUGCGUUGGAGGGCCCGGUGCUGGGAAAUCCGUCCUAUGCUCUCUUAUCAUCGAUCACCUGCGUGCCACUUUCAAAGAUCGAGAAGUUGCCGUGGCCUAUUAUUACUACGACUAUUCAGAACAGCAAUCACAGAGCCCAUCUCAUUUUGCCGGAUCACUUCUACGCCAGUUAAGCUCUUCUGGCGAUAUGGUGCCCUCCGCUGUGGCUGAAUUUUAUCAACGAACCAGAAACGACGUCAAAGACCAGACCUGGUUUAACGACUUGCGUACGAUCCUACGCCGUGUCGCUGCGACAUAUUCUCGAUGCUACAUUAUAGUCGACGCUCUCGACGAAGCCGACGGUCAGAGCCGACGGUCAGGUUUCUUCGACGUACUCGACGCCGUCAGAAAUUCUUCAGGAAGCGUGGUGAAAGUUUUGGUCACGUCCAGACCUCAUGUGGUUAGCAAUGGAGGCCGAUUCCACAACGCCCGCACCAUCGAUAUUCUUGCGGAUCCCCGAGACCUCCGCCAGUUCCUUACUAAAGCGAUCCAGGACCACCCGGACUCAGAGUACACAAUGGAUGAUGAACUACGAGGACAGAUACUCAAUACGUUAUGUGAUAAUGCGAACGGCAUGUUUUUACUUCCCGCCCUUCAAAUCCGCACGAUCCUCGAUCAGAUUACCAAAGCGGAUGUAAAGAAGACAUUGCAACAUCUUUCGACGAAUUUGACCGAGGCGUUUCAAUCGACGAUCCAAAGAAUUUCUAAUUUAUCCGCUACACGACGAGAACUCGCCUUCAGAACGUUGAUGUGGAUAUCUCAUGCGAGGAGGCCUCUAACCGUAUCAGAAUUACAACAUGCCUUGGCAUUGCGAAUCGAUGAUAAUGACAUCGAUAGGGAUAACUUUCCUUCCGUUCGGACUCUUGUCGACUGCUGUUGUGGACUGGUUGAAGUGGACCGAGAGAGCUCCAUCAUACGCCUGGUGCACCACUCCCUCGAAGAAUAUUUACGACACCAAGACCAUGGCCUCUUCAUAAAUGCCAACCUCAUAAUGACCCAAACCUGUCUCAGGUAUCUCAUGCUGGAGUCGGUAAAACUCAUGGCCUUCAAGAGCCGCACCGAUUUUGCAUCAGCGAUUGAAGAUUUCCCAUUCCUGGAGUAUGCAGCUCUUCAAUGGGGUCAUCAUGCCUACGGAGUACCAGCAGAAGACAUAAAAGAUUUGGCACUCCCAUUGCUCUCUGACAGCCUGUCUCUGAUCACCAUUGCCAGAACCCGAGACUUUCGGGCAUUUGACUUUCGAAAGUGGAAAGCAAAGGUGUGGGCUUGGGCAUACUCGAGUGGAGCUGGAAUCUCUGUGACGGCAGCAUUCGGACUUAAGGGGCUGCUCCAGCUGCUGGUCGCCCAGAAUGGACGAAGCCUCCGACUCGAUGCUCGAAACAUGUAUGGAAACACUCCCCUCCAUGAGGCGGCCCUCUACGGACAUGAAAGCGUGGCUGAGUUGUUGAUUGAGAAAGGGGCGGAUGUCCUAGAUACGAACUAUGGAAGUGCCACUCCAUUAUUCCUUGCGGUUUCGUAUCGCCAGCUCUCCAUGGUCAGAUUGCUUCUCAAGCAUGGGCGAGCGCAAUUGGACUCUCGUGGUCCAAGAGGAUUCACCGCUUUACAUAAGGCUGCAGAGCAAGGCGAUCAAGAAGUGGUCACGACACUGCUACAAGCCGGAGCCUUGGUUGCCGCACAUGACAAUCAAGGAGACACCGCUUUACACCUUGCCGCGCGUCGGGGCUAUCUCUCCAUUGCGAAAUUGCUCGUGCUCGCGGGCGCCUUUGUCCAUAUCAAAGACAGAGAUGGUCUUUAUCCUCUCGACUAUGCUGCAACGGGUGGGCAUACAGAACUUGUUGAAUAUCUCCUCGAAAAUGGUGGCCGCGUUACCCAGACUGGAAGAGGGUUUUGGACUCCACUUCACCACGCAGCAAGAGGAGGGCAUAGCAAAACGGUCUCCUACAUCCUUGACCGAGGAGCGGACAUGCUCGCCGUCGACUCCAAAGGAAACACCCCUUUGCACCUUGCGGUCCGAUCUGGGAGCAUGGACACCGCCAAAAUCUUGUUAGAGCACAAACCAGAACUAAAGCGCGAGCAACUUUUCGCCCGAGACCGCAAGGGUUCGACCCCUCGGGUUGUCGCUUUCUACACAGCUCAUUACGAUAUUCACAAGUAUCUUAGAGCCGCGGAAUGGGAAGUGCUGGGCACGAAACCUAGCAAUGCGAAUAUACUUACCCAUGUGAUUGAGAAAGGCGACCUGGAGGCGGUUCGCGAGCAUCUUGAUACGCAUCCCGAAGCGCUCACGACCCUAGACGAAGAUGGGCAACCACCUCUGCACGUCGCUUUGCAGGAAGGACAGAAGGAGAUCGUCGAACUACUCAUGGCGCGUGGUGCCUCGAUCGAGAUGAUGGGAUACCAUGGCUGGCGACCUUUGCACAUUGCCGCGUCGCUGGGGAAUCUCGAACUCGUCGAUUUAUGUCUUGCCUGCAACGCUGACCUGAAAACAAGAUCACAUACGAGCCAAACGGCCCUCCACAAAGCAGUCUCCAGCCACUCGAUUCCCGUUGUGCGGCGACUCAUCGAAAAAGGCGCCGACCCGUCGGAAACUAACGACCGCGGCAUGACGCCGCUGCACAUCGCCGCGCAUCAGAACGACAUCCAGAUCGUCAGGAUGCUGGUGCUCGAGUAUGGCGUCGACACUCUAGCCCGAGAUCGUCAGGGACUCACUCCUGCGAUGUGGGCUGAAAGGUCCGCCCACCUUGAGGUCCUGGCUUUUCUGCGUGUCGAGAUGAAGAAGGCCAAGAUGGCGAGGAAAGCGGGCUUGGAUGUUCAGGAUAUCACUUACGACUUGAGCGACGUGGACCUUGAGGAUUGA